UAUUCUCUAUUUUCUGCAACUAUUUGAGUAUUGUACCGCACACAUGGAAAAAAAUUAGUUUCACCGGGCUGCACAUCUCGCCAGUUCUCUACGAGAAUCCCAUUCCCGACCCUUAAUAUCGCUUUGGCAGCUAGCGGCAAAACUGGCAAUUAAUUACACAUUGAUCAUCAAUCUAUUAUCAUUCACCAGUUAAAAAUGUUAACUACGUACACUGUCCUUUCUUUCAACUCAUCUUUAUUUAUCUCACGCAUUUUCCAGCAAAAUACAUAAUAAUUCUACUAAAUAUGACUGUGGAAGACUUCAUUUCAAUGCAGACCUUUGAGACCCUCAUGAGAGCACUGCAAGAACACGCAGCUCAAAAUUUCAGCAGCAUUAAAAUUAUUCUGGUUUCUGGAAUUGCAGUCUUCUUCUUUUAUAUGCUUAAAAAAUUCGAAAUUAUCCUUAACAAAAAGCAUGAGAAUGCAUUCAUCUACAAAGUGAGAGCUGAAAACAAACUACUUGAUGAGGUCUUCGUCUGCUCAACUCUCUGCAAUGAGCGCCAGCACAUGAAUCGGUGCUUGAGUUUAGUUAUGAAAGCUCCAAACGUGGUCAAUAUCCCUCGAGAACCUUUUGGUUCUACGCCUUUCCUGAAUGUUUGUUGGGCCGGAUGCACUCCGCUGGUUCGUUUCAUGCUAAGAAACGGAGCUAACCUCACCAGAAAGACAAAGAGUGGAGACUCAGCUCUGCUGCUGGCAGUUCAAGCCCUGAUUGACUUUGAUGUAGAUUCUGCAGAACUACGGCUGUUGAACAUCCUCCAUUUAAAAGGAUGUGAUGUGAAUGAAGCCAACUACAAUGGCUACACUGGCCUCCACAUGGCAGCUGCAGCAGGCAAUACCAAUGUAGUCAAGUGGCUGCUUGACCACGGUGCAGAUGCCUCGUUGAAAACUUUGAAAGGUGAAACGGUGCGUCAACUGGCCGAGAGCAAAGGUCACUUGGAUGUGGUGCAAAUGCUACCGCCGGCUUUAACACAAGGAAGGCGUAAGCUAGUUUUGCGUGCUCGCGAACAGUGAAGGAGGUGCUCUGGUGGAAAAAGCAAAUUGCAGUGGAUUGGAAUGCGUGUGUAUAGUAGUGACAAAUUUAUUUGCUCUUUGAUGAGAUAGAAAACGUUGUGCACUGAGUAACAUUGAAAUAUAAAAUAGCAGCAGUAGCAGACAACAUACACCAUGGCGUGUAGUGUGCGUGUUAAUUUGAUACAUUCGUAACAAGGAACAAUGUACAACAAUAACUGUGUUUAAUAAGUCUUCAAAUAUGAAGAAAGUGUUUGUGCUGUGUAAAUAGAUGCACUAUUUCUUUUUUCAAGAUCACAUUGGAACUGUAAGUUUAGAACAGUGGAGGGGACAGUGACACGCAAAAAUUGACUGGAAAUUGAGAAGUUUCUUUCUUUUCUUUGUUUGGAUUUUAUCAUUAAUUUAACUUGCAUAUCGCGGUGAUUGUCGUAAGAGUGAGAGAAUGUAAAGGGCGACAGGCGACAGUCCACACGACACUGACUGAAUUGUUUGAAAUACGCAGAUAUGAAAUUGCAAUUAAAUUGUCAUUUUUUGUUCAA